CACGAGAAUCGCAUGUCUUUUCAACAAAAAGGACCAAAAGUCGGAAGUUAUGUUCGUAAUCUGGCGUUCUCUGAGGCUCGUCAGUCGCCGGAAUGAAUUAAAAUCGCAUUUCAGGCGAAAUUUCGGUGCGACAUCGCUUUUGAGAUGCACGGAAAAGAGUGAAAAAGCACAGGAUGGCGGUCCAGAAGCCGAUUCGGAGAAGAAAAGUCGCGACUUUCACGAGAAUUAUCAGAAAAACAUGAUUGUUCGUGGGUCUUUUGAGGCAAUUACGAACAAAAAUCGCGAAACGUACCUCGACAUGAUCCACGUUUUCGAGAACAAGGACAAGCAUCGCAGGAAUCACGUCGAAUUCAUCUAUGCGGCACUCAAAAAUAUGGAACAUUUCGGGGUUCACAAGGACUUGACGGUGUACAAAGCACUCAUCAACGUCAUGCCAAAGGGGAAAUUUAUCCCGACGAAUUACGUGCAAGUCGAAUUUCAGCAUUACCCGAAGCAGCAACAGUGCAUGAUCGAUUUGCUCGAACAGAUGGAGGACAAUGGCGUGAUGCCGGACUACGAGAUGGAAGACAUGCUCAUCAACAUUUUCGGGCGGAAAGGGUUUCCCGUGCGGAAAUUUUGGCGCAUGAUGUACUGGAUGCCCAAAUUUAAGAAUGCCAGUCCGUGGUUGUUGCCGAAUCCGAUGCCAGAUGACAUUUUGGAAAUUGCGAGGAUGGCAGUUGAGCAAAUGUGCACGGUAGACAAUAAUUCGAAAGUGGUGAUUUAUCAAACGAAAGACGUCGAAGAAAGUAUCGACGACACCUGGAUCGUUUCGGGACAGAGUCCAGAUCAGAAAAUGUUGCUGCAAAAGCAUGACGUGACGUCGGCGCUGCACAUUGAAGGGCCUUUUAUGAUUUGGUUGCGCGAUAAAAACGUGAAUUAUUACGUGUUGAAGGGAGAUCCGCCACCGCCAGAGCCUGAAGAGGAUGUCGAUCUUGAUGACGUCAAAAACAUCAAAGUCGACUUCUUCGGCAUGCAAAGCGAAGUCCCCAAAACCCCAUCUACUAUCACGAGAAGCGUGCACGAGCAAAAAGACGGUACCAUCUACGCCAUUUGUGCCACAGGAACUUCCACAAAGGACUCUUUACUCUCCUGGAUCCGUCUCUUAGAACGCGACGGCAACGCUAUUCUCUCCCAAAUCCCGGUUUUGUUCAAAUUCAGGACGCCCGAAGGCUCACCGUUAGUCGUUCAGGAAAAAACCCCUGAAAAAAGCUAGACUUUGAAAAAUUAAAAAAAAAAUAGGAA